CUGUGUGUGCGUGUCCGUGAGUGUGUGAGUUUGUACGUGUGUGUGUGGCGGUUCAGGGCGCCACGUCGGCAGAACCAGCAGGCAGAAAAGAGAGGUGCGUAGCUCUGCCUGUAAGUGUGAGAGAGCAGAAGUUAGACAGCAGCAGGCUGAUGCGAGAAAGAAAAAAGACACCAGAACAGACAGAAUAUCAGGUUUUACACCCACAGACGGAGAGAAACGGACAGAUUUAAGGGCAGAGUUUGGUUCGGAGGCUGAAACAAGAAGCUGCUCCUGUCUCAAGUUUCUCUGCCAGGUGUGUUUGCAGGAGAAACACUGGGAACAAUGGUGAAGGUAAGGACCAGCCAGCAUCCUUAAUAACGCCAAAAUAUGCUUCCAAACCUGCAUGUAAAUGUUUUGUUUUCAACUGUUUGCAUCCUUUUGAGUGCAUCUUACAUCAGCAGCAGUUUAAAUGGGUGAUAAGUCAAACUAAUAACAUUUAAUCUUAUCUAUCCUUGGAUGUGUGGCUUCUUCUUCUCUUUCCAGAAAUUUCCCCCAAGUUUCUUUAAAAGGAGGCAUCUCAGUUACCUGUAAAUGUUACUCCAACACUUGAACUGCUUUGCCAAAUCCUUAUUUAUAACGUCUCUUUUAUUUUAACAGGGUUUGGCAGAGCCACUUGUUGCCAAAAUAUGUAAAAUACCUAGCAAGACUGACUUGAACGUCAGGGUACAGGCCCUGUUUGUGGGUCACAAGAAAAAAAAAGCAGGGGGUGGGGUGAUUGUUCUCCAAGGAUGAUUCACAUUGAAGGAAAUUGCGUUUCUAUUUUUACAGCAGGUAUGUAAAAAAUGCACCUUUUUGAAGCUCACAUGUCACUUCAAAAUCAAAUAGUCAUGGUCUGGUUGGAGCUUCUCAGCUGUGGUGACAGUGAUGGCUCUUUUCAUUUGAAGGGUCAGAGGUUAAAGAGGUUAAGACAACAAUAGUGACGUGAACACCUGUCUGUCUGUGCUGCAGCUACCUGUUGAGCACCUUUUAAACUUAGAAAGCCAGUUAUUAAAACGAAGAGAAAGCCUAGAGAUAACUCAGCUGUAAUGUUAUUUAUGACAAAACCGUAUAUGUGUAAAAAUAACUCUCCAAUCUCACAUUUUUAGACAAAAGAGAAGAGAGAAAAGUGCACUGGGUUUUAAGAUAUAGGUCAUCUUUGUGUGGCAAGUGUGUCAGAUAAUGACAUGUUUUCACUGAGGCUCCCAGGCUGACUCCACAGACACUCAAAUCUAUAAUUCAUGGGAAACUGUAAAUUUUCUUCUGACAGAUAGAGAGAUAUGAAAGUGUUUGUACUGAGUUUAUCACAGUUAAACACUAAAAUUUACCUGCAGAGUACCAAGAAUAAAAAAAACAGCUUCAUCAAUCUACAGUUUAUUCUAGAAAUUCAUCCCUGACACUAAACAUUGGUCAUUUAAUUAUGUGAGCAGUGGAGGGACAAAAAGGUUAUUUAUUUUCAGGGUUUAGUUCUCUGUACUGACACCAAAAGCUGGUGGAGCUUUACCCUCCUGGAAAACAGCUGCCGAACAUGGAUCUGUCUGUAAACUCAGUCACCCCCUAGUCAUGUAUAUCUAUGUAUCACUCUUACCCUUAAUACCAUCCUCCCCUAUACAGGGUGCACAAAUGAAUAAAUCAGCUAUUUUUUUAAUCAGAUUUAAGUACGCUAUUAAAAACAACAACAUUUUAACAUGACAAUAAAUGUAGGUUCCUUGGCUAUUGCAGGUAGCCCCAAGUGGGCACUCAUGGUACUGCAAUUUUUGGGAUGUGGUUUGCAAGGACUGCCUUGCAAACCUUGCAAGUUUUUUUCAAGAGGUUUUGAAGCGCAUACUCGUAGCUGCUGUAUGGGACGCCGGCGGCCCCAUAUUAGAAUACCCUACCGCUCGGCAGAGACACUAUUGCACAUGUGUGACUCUAGGCAGAGAUCGUAAUGAUAUAAUAGGAUACCUCACUCUGCUGGAAAAAACAAGUCUGGCGACAAUAGUCGACAAUGGAAUUCAUUGUCGACUUUUUUUAUUAUCGAUUUUUGUUGACAACAUGGACUAAUUGUUGCAGCCCUGGUGGCCACCAUAUUAGUAAUAGUGACUCUUCCAAACAAACGCAUUAUAAAAAGUUCACACCUCUUGCUGUGGAUGCAGUGAGCAGCUUUAUUUCUCAAGAGCAGAGGUGUGAACCAUGUCCCAUUUGUUCGAAUUAAGGAGGCAGGCUUUAUCACCUAUUCUGCAGCCAGUCUUUAGAGGGAGCUCUGAGUGUUUUGGUCUCACUUUAGAGGAACUGUUAUGUCCCCAUCUUUCCUCGUCUACAACUUUUUGUUCAGGAGUGCCUCACAUAGUUUUGGAUAGUAGACCAAACCAAGCCCAGGGGUGUUUCACACAAACAGGAGCUGUUCCUCCUGGUUAAAUUUCCUGAAAAGUUUCAAGUCCAUGUUGGUGCAGUCCUCUGCAUAUGCACUGAAGUGUCACUUGAGCUCCAAGCACAAGUUUUUCUCUGAGGAUUAAGUCCCAGUGAGGUUUAUGAGAUCACACUGAAAAUACAGGUGAACAUGCAAGAGAAAGAUGAGGACACUGUCAUCCAGAUACAAGUCCAGACACAGCAUCUGUUUACUGGUUAGAAAUGUGAUACUGCAACUGACUUUGAGGUUUUGCCUGUUUUUAUUUAAGGACACUCCUAUUGACACACAAUUUAUUAUGAACACAAUCACCUGACCUCUUUUACAAAUCACAGCCUCCAAAGUGGGAAACUUUAACCUGAUAGAGUGGACAGAGUGACCUGUAGAGGUGCUCAUCAUACCCCCCUUAAAGAAAAAACUUUGAUAUCUGUCAAGCUUAAGCCCUGAUGUCCUGUUGUUUGGUUUCGAGCAUUACACAAGCUUCAUUUCCCAUAAUGCAACUGGCAUAUUUCUCAAGAACGUGUUGAUCUUUAUCUGGAUAAAUCUAGAGAAAAAGUUGCCAAGUUGUGGUUUGAAGUCAAGAUCAAAUGAAAGAAACCAGAGUGACAGUAACCUUUCAUCUGGUGCCUCGUUUCUGUGCUUGACAGAUUGUCUGUAUUUGACCUUGGGUGUUUUUUCUCAUGUUUUCCAGAAUGUGAACAGCGUUAUCUCAGAGCCCCAGCCCGGGACCAGCCUGGCCACGGACGAAGUUGAACCCACUUCUAUCCAGCCCACAGAGGGUAAGCAGCGAACUCCCAAGGCUGCAACUAAACGCUGAAACAUCAGCGGGGAAUAUGGUGCAAUCUGCGCUCACAUGUUGCUGCUGCUAUUUCAGAAACAAUGUGUUUGUCAGGGGAGUUUAUGUGUUUGUGUAACAGCUCAGAUCUGCUAUUUGUGUCCUCUGAACAUGACAGAUCGCUCUGUUUAAUCCCCCUCUGCCGCUCACUGUAAACAUCACUUAUGUUAUUGGAUGAAGCAUAAAUCUAUUCUUGGUGAACCUUAAAGUGAAGGUGACAAGUUUCAGACCAUCGCAGGGGUGUCAUCACAGCUCAAACUGGAAGAUACAACACUUUUAUGUUAUCUCACCCUAACAUGGAUUAAUGUGGAAAAAUCUAAUUUCUAAAUGACAGAAUCCCCCGUAGGUCUCGUGUUUGUCACUUAUCAGGCUGAAAGGUUUCAACAUUGUUAAAGAUCGAUUUGGGGAAUAAGAUGCAUAUUUUGGGGAUUUUAUUCACCCAGUCUUGUCCGGACAGAGAAUUGUGAUGGGGACUAAAGCCUCUGUACAUGGGGUGCCCACUCUACCAGCUAAGCCCAACCAGGGCCCAAAUUAGACACACUGUUUACACUUUUUUUGACACCCAAAAAGUGAGCCGUGUUCAAUACAUGUUUGACUUAUUUACCUACAUAAAACACAGGGUGUAACCCAGAAGAUGGCGCUCAAGGAAGCAAGUAACUACUUAGCCACCCAAAACCUGACAUAGAGAGCUGGUACAUUCAGCACUUUUUAUAGUCAAAUUAAAAUGACAAGAGAAUACGGUUGGAAACAGAUUUUUUGCACCUCUGUUGCACUUAAACUGGUCUAAGUGUUCUGCCCGAAGUUAAAUUGCAUAAAUGUGUCACUAAGACGCCGGGUAGUAAACAAAACCUAUUUUUAAAGAUACAAGAAAGUUAAAACUGUCAUAUGGUACAAACAAAAGAUACAGGGCUGUGGAGGUGACUGUGUUGUCAUCAUUCAGCGGUAGCCACUUGCCAACUGGGAGAAGGACAGUCGUCCAGUUAAAUCGCCUAAUGGAGCUGUAAGCAAGGUUGGACUUAAUUUGCAUGUAAACAUACUGAUUGAUCACAGGAAGUGAGCCUAUCUAUAUCUCAUUUAACCACAGACUGAGCUCCACUAUAAGUCACAAACAGAGCAGUGAUAACAGAGGGUACUAGAGAGAGCAACACAUCUGCUCAAAAACUGCACAUAGCUGAACACAGUAGAAGCAUUAAAACCUUUUACCUCUGGGAGCACUUCCAAAACAGACUUUUUGAUAUACUUGUUGCCCCUAUAUUUAGUAUUUUAUGGUAAAUAAAUUGUUAAAAACCUCCAAAUAGAUCUUAGUUGUCAGGGGCAUGUCCAGAUUCAUUUGAAUCUUGUGGCCUGAUGUGAGUGUUGACUUAUGCAGUGGUGGCAUCAAGUGCUUUUGCACACAAAUGAAUGAAAAGCAGUUAUUGUAGAACUCGGUGUAUAAGACAUGCUGUUAACACCUUUUUUCCCAGUCAAAAGUGUGUUUUGUACUUUUAUCAUGUGGUUGGUGUGAACCCUUGAAGAGCAUCUUACAACAGGAUACAUAAAAGCAGCCAACACUGAGGAGACACAAAGUUGAUAAGAACACAAAACUGUCAUCAUAGUGUUUGUCUCUGUAUCUUCCCCUUUUUUAAAGGGUACUUCAUUGUAAACGUGAGUAUUUUAAAAUGCUUCUCUAAAUAAAGGUUGAAGCACUUUAGCACAGCAGAUUGAUUUUGUGAGCAUUUCAGCUCUGAACAGCCUCACAGACCCACCUCUGUUGCCGUAGAGUCCCUUCAUUAUUGUGAACACACACACGCUGUAGUUUAUGUUGACUCAGUCAGUCCGGCUCCUCUGCUCUAGAACAGGAACAUAUUGAUCCACUACUUUAAAAAGUCUCAAAAAAAAUACACUUCUCGUUUUGUUUACUUUACUGUUGAGGGUAAUUACUGAGGCCUUUUUGGCAGUGAUUGAUUUUGGAGCGAUGCAUCUUUUAAAAGGAAUGAGAGACUUAGGGAAGAGAGACAGACUGGGCAAAGUGGUCAGAAAGUUUGGAUAAAACAAACACAUGAAAAAGUGCUUUUCAGGAGAACUUUUCAACUUUAAAGAAAAAGUCUUUGUUCAAGUCUUAAAGUUUAUUUAUGGGUAUAGCAGUAUAUAUAAAUAUUUUUGAUUCAGUGUCUGAUUGACUUUAUUUUUCUUCCCAAAUUAAUCUCAUAUAUGUUCAGUGGGAGAGGCAGAAGUUCACAAAAUACCAGUGCUUGCAGUGCAGCUGGCUGUCUUACAGAAAAAAGACACAAAAAAGGUCAAAUAAACAUCAGAAAUUGUCGCACUGAACUCCAAUUCAAAGCCAUCAUGAGGAGAUUUGUUUUAAGCUGUUAUCCAUAUAAUAUAUACGGUUGAAGAAUUCAGCUAUGAAGACGGAACUGGUUUUUAUUGUUAAGCUUUUAAACAUGUUUAUUUAUGCAGUAAAUUCAGGCAUUGGAAGAUGAGACCCAAGGAGAGAUUUCUCAGCAUUUGGAGCCAAUCGUUAUCGGACGCUGUAGGAACUAAAGUUUUUUUGCACCUCUACUUUGGCGUCGCCUCGCUCCCUGACUAUGACCCGCUUUUGUCUCCUAAAAGAAACAAUGCUUCUGCAUGAAUGAAGAAUAUUUAUACUUGCGUUACUUCAUGUCUGUUUCCUUUGUUUUUCAGAUGCUGGCAAAGACCACGAGGCUCCUCCCCCUGGCAUGAUGUGGCGAGUGACCGGCGGCCUCUUCAACGUGACCAAGGGAGUCGUGGGCGCCGCAGUGGGUGGAGUCGCCUGGGUAGGCGGCAAGAGCCUGGAGAUCACCAAAUCUGCAGUAACCACAGUGCCCUCAAUGGGGGUGGGGCUGGUGAAGGGCGGGGUUUCUGCUGUGGCCGGCGGCGUCUCCACGGUGGGAUCGACAGUAGCUAGCAAAGUCCCGUUCACAGCCAAGAGGAAAGAUAAGGCUGAGUAAAGAGGAAGAGGAGGAUGAUGUUGAAGAUGAUGAUGAUGAUGAUGAUGAACUUGCCCCACCCUGAGCCAACAGAAAGAGACUGCCAGCUGUCAAUCAAACCCCACAGUGCCUUCUGAUACCGUUUUUUGAUCUUGAACAUGCCGAGAUCCAGACUUUGAUGCCACACUCAGUGCACGCAAUAUUACAGUACUCUGUUACCAUGGCAACCCAGCAUAACAAGAAACUGUCAGUCACUCAAACAUUUCAUCAAAAGUUCCUCAUGUAGCUUGGAGUUUUGUUUCUGGAAGUGAAUCUCUGGCUCCAGGCAGGUUACAUAGACUGGAAUCCACUUUAGAACUGAGUGGACGACUUUCUGAAUAUUUUAUCUGUUUACAGUCCAGACUGAGACCGCUCCAGUCCUCCUUCCUCUCCUCACUCUUUACAAACUUACACACAUGUUGGUGAGAUGUUUCUGAAUAAAGAUGCUGAUUUUUAAUCUUGUAUUGAAAAUCUUUUCGAAACAUCUUUGUCUAAAGAAAGGUGUUUGCUGUAAAAACAUUACCAAACGUUUCAGUGCUUGAAGCGGAGGAUCAGAAACAUUCUUCAGUCUGCAGCCCGCUCUGUGUCUGACCUCCUUUUAAUCCUUGGGAAGAGCCUGAGGCAGAGUUUUUACCCAGCAGCCCCGGAGCUGCAUAUACGAACACUUUUCUGAAAUGUAUGACUGAAGACAAUCAUGAGUGCAGUGACUCUGGGCUCAGGUCUCAAACACAGAUAUUAUUGUUUAAAUGUCAAGUUUUCUGUAAGUGUGAAAAGUUAAGAUGCUGCAUUCCACCAAGAUUUAAGAAAGAAAAAGUGCCUGUUGUUGUUUGAGCUAUUCAUGUGGAAAAUGUCAAAAUGUGCCCUCAUAGGAAGGUGAGCGCUGAGCUGUUGAGCAGGCAACAUUUGUGAACGUUUGAAUGCAAUAUCAGCAUUUCAAUGCAACAUUUGGAGAGAGAGAGAGAGAGCUGUUGCUGUUUGGACUACACUAUGUGGAUGUCUCGUUUUUUUGUUUCGACAUAUUAAUAAAGUAGUUUGAAAGGUUUAA